AUGUCUUGCCGAUCCUAUCACAUUAGCUCUGGAGGCGGUGGUGUCCGGAAUUUCAGUUCUUGCUCGGCUCUCAUACCAAGAAGCAUGAAGCAAUACAGUUUCAGCACUGUCUCAUCUCGGGGAGGCGGUGGCGUGGGCUAUAGAGGGCUAGGAUACUUUGGCAGCAGAAGUCUCAGCGGCGUAGCCUCUGGCAAACCCAGAAUGGCUGUUGGUAGCUGUCAUUCUGCAAGAUAUGGUGCUGGCUUUGGCUACAGAGUGGGUGGGAUCGGUGGGCCUUGUCCACCCACUAUCACAAAUGUCCAAGUCAACCCGCUCCUGCUCCAACCUCUCAACCUGGAGAUCGACCCCAAUGUUCAGUCGGUGAAAUACCAGGAGAAGGAGCAGAUCAAGUGCCUCAACAACAAAUUUGCUUCUUUCAUUGACCAGGUCCGAUUCCUGGAGCAGGAGAACAAGGUGCUGGAGACCAAAUGGAGCCUUUUGCGGGAACAAAAACUCUACCGGAAUAACAUGGAGCCCAUGUUUGAAGCUUAUAUCAGUAACUUGAAGAGGCAGCUGGAGAACCUGGGAUGUGACCGAGCUAAUCUGGAGACAGAACUGAACAACAUGCAGGACAUUUUGGAGGAUUACAAGAGAAAGUAUGAAGAGGAAUGCAAUCGUCGAACCUGUGCCGAGAACGAGUUUGUAGUACUUAAGAAGGAUGUGGACUGCGCUUACAUGAACAAGGCAGAACUAGACGUCAAAGUGAAAUCCCUCAUAGAUGAGAUCACCUUCCUGAGACACGUGUAUGAAGAGGAAAUUGCUUACCUCCAAGCGUCCAUUUUGGACACCUCCAUUAUUGUGCAAAUGGACAACAGCCGAGGACUGAACAUGGAUGACAUCAUCGCUGAUGUCAAAGCUCAGUACGAGGACAUCGCCAACAGGAGCCGAGCUGAGGCAGAGUCCUGGUACCAGUGCAAGUAUGAGGAGCUGAAGGUAACCGCUAGCAAACACUGCGACAACCUGCACAGCACAAGGAACGAGAUUAUGGAGCUGAACCGGGUGAUUCAGAGACUGCAUGGAGAACUUGAAAAUGUUAAAGCCCAGCGAUGCAAACUGGAAGGAGCCAUAGCAGAAGCCGAGGAGCAGGGAGAGAUGGCUCUCAAAGAUGCCAAGUGUAAACUGGCUGACCUGGAGGCUGCACUAACAAAAGCCAAGCAGGACCUGGCUUGCCAGCUGCGGGAGUACCAGGAGCUGAUGAACGUCAAGCUGGCCUUGGAUAUCGAGAUCGCCACCUACAGGAAGCUGCUGGAAGGAGAGGAGAGCAGGUUGUGUGGAGAAGGUGUCUGCCCUGUCAAUAUUUCUGUGUGCAGAUCCCAAGGGGGGGUUGUGUGUGACGGCGACCCCUGCUUCGGAGGCAACUAUUCUUCCAGCAGCAGAACGCUACUCAAAACGGGAGGUGUUCUUAGCAGCGGAGGUCUAUGCGACGCUAGAAGUGGAAGAAGCAUCGUCACAAACUUGGGAGACGUAUGUGCACCGUGCAGUCCUACCGGCGGGUACAGCACUAGCAGCGGAAGGAGUUCUAAUGUCAAAUGCGUAUCAACUACCAGCUCCUACAGAACAAAAUAUUAAAGGAGAACUUUAGAAAGUCCUCCCUUCACUGCCUAGUGACAGCAAUACCUGCUACCAGCACUAAC